GGUCCUGGUCUUUGGCUUCUCGACUCGGUCCUGUUUCGACAGCGAACAUGUCUCGGCCUGUCAGAAAUAGGAAGGUCGUUGAUUAUUCACAGUUUCAGGAGUCUGAUGAUGCAGAUGAAGAUUAUGGAAGAGAUUCAGGUCCUCCCACUAAGAAAAUCCGAUCAUCUCCUCGAGAAGCUAAAAAUAAGAGGCGAUCUGGAAAGAAUUCACAGGAAGACAGUGAAGACUCAGAAGAGAAAGAUGUGAAGGCCAAGAAGGAGGACUCUCAUUCCGCAGAGGACAGUGAAGAUGAAAAAGAUGAUCAUAAAAAUGUAUGCCAACAGAGGCAGGCAGCAUCUAAAGCAGCUUCUAAACAGAGAGAGAUGCUCCUGGAAGAUGCGGGUAGUGAGGAGGAGCAAGAGGAAGAGGACGAGGCACCAUUCCAGGAGAAAGAUUCUGGCAGUGAUGAGGAUUUCCUAAUGGAAGACGAUGAUGACAGUGACUAUGGCAGUUCAAAAAAGAAAAACAAAAAGAUGGUUAAGAAAUCCAAACCUGAGCGAAAAGAAAAGAAAAUGCCCAAACCGAGGCUAAAGGCUACAGUGACACCGAGUCCAGUGAAAGGCAAAGGGAAAGUGGGUCGCCCCACAGCUUCCAAGGCAUCAAAGGAAAAGACUCCUUCUCCCAAAGAAGAAGAUGAGGAACCUGAAAGCCCUCCAGAGAAGAAGACAUCGGCAAGCCCUCCACCCGAGAAGUCUGGAGACGAAGGGUCUGAAGAUGAAGCCCAGUCUGGGGAGGAUUAAAAAUGCUUGUAGUUUGGGGAGAGAUUUUAUUAAAAAAAAAAAAGAAAGAAAGAAAAAGAAGAAGAAAGAGGGGAAAAGAGAACCUACUUAAGAUAGAACAUGGUUUGGCUAUGGCUUGACUCAUGGGCUUUCAGUGCUUUUUUUCUAUUUGUUGAAUAUAAUUUUUUUUCUCUCCCUCUCUUUCCCCUCCCUCUCAUUCACUCUUCCUCUUUUUCUCCAGAAACCAUUGUAUAUGGAAGUGUUUAAGUUACCUUUGUGUCUGUUGGCCUUCUCUUUGCUACCACCCCUGUUUCCCAAUGAAAGCCAUGUCACAUUAAUCACUGGACUGACUGCUCCAUCUUUUUCUUUUUAACGGAAGAUGUACCACAUGUGUGAAGCAAUAAGAUCUGAGAUGGAGACAAUGGGAAGAACUUCACUUUUGGUUAAAAUGACAUAGCAAGUUGAACAGUAAUCAAAAAACAUAGACAGAUUUUAGGUAAAAAUAAUUGCUUCUUUCUCUACCUGGACUUCUAAAAAAUCAAUUGUCAUCUAAUAUGAGUUUAUAUAUCUAUAUGCUAAGUAUAAAUGUCUAAAAAAAAAAA